CAAGGUAUAGGCAGGAGGCCGCCAUGUUUCCGUACGGCGCCGGCGGGGCGGAGCCGGCCCCCGGCGCGGUGCCCUCCGCGGGCUCCCCUGGCCGGGCAGGUGGUUGUUGCGGGCUCCGCCCCCGCCAGCUGAGCCCCGGGGAGCGGGAGCGCCAGUGGGAGCCCCAUGGCCCGGCCGGGCGGCCAAACCCCCGCGGGGACCCGUCUCGGCGCGAUAAUGCAUCAGAUUCAGGCGUAUCAGCCAAGCUCCUCUGCAUCGAUGUCGUGGAGAUCAAGAAUGAACUUUGUUUGACCUUUACGGAUAAUGGAGCCGGGAUGACGCCUCACAAACUGCAUCGCAUGCUCAGUUUCGGUUUCAUGGAUAAGUUGGGGAAGAAGAACCACGUCCCUACUGGGGUCUGCGGCAAUGGCUUCAAGUCAGGUUCCAUGCGGCUGGGGAAGGACGCCGUGGUCUUCACCAAGAACGGGGGUGCCCUCAGCGUGGGGCUUCUGUCACAAACAUAUCUGGAAUGCACCCACCCCGAGGAGAUCAUUGUGCCCAUUGUACCAUUCAACCAGCAAACCAAGAAGAUAAUCUUGACCAAGGACUCCAUACCCAGCCUUGAGGCCAUCCUGCAGCACUCUCUCUUCAGCUCGGUGGAGGAGUUGCUGGCAGAAUUUGAUGCCAUCCCGGGCAAAAAGGGAACGCGCAUCUUCAUCUGGAACAUCCGCAGAAAUAAAGACGGGACCCCAGAGUUGGACUUCAGAACCGACAAGUACGACAUCCGGAUAUCAGACCAUGGGUCAGAGGAAGCAGAGAAUGGUGGGAAAAAGAGUGUCCCUCCCCUCGAGAAGGGACAGGACUCCACGGUACCUGAAACGGAGUAUUCUUUACGGGCAUAUUGCAGUGUUCUGUACCUGAAGCCACGCAUGCAGAUUGUUCUCCGCCAGAAGAAGGUUAACACCCAGCUGAUCUCCAAGAGCCUGGCCUGUGUAGCAAAUGGGAUAUACAAGCCCACCUUCACUAACAAACGGGUGAGGAUCACUUUUGGGUUCAACUGCAAGAAUAACAACCAAUUUGGAAUCAUGAUGUACCACAACAACCGGCUCAUCAAGUCCUAUGAGAAGGUGGGAUGCCAGUUAAAGCCAUCAUCUCAGGGAGAUGGGGUAGGAGUGAUUGGAGUCAUCGAGUGCAACUUCCUGAAACCCGCCCACAACAAGCAGGAUUUUGAGUACACCAAGGAAUACCGGUUAACGAUCGCUGCCCUCGGCCAGAAACUUAACGCUUAUUGGAAGGGGAAGGUGUCUCCGGAGGACUCGCAGAGUUCAGCUCCUGCCAGGCCGAGAAUGGAGACCCCUGACCAGACAUGGGUGCAGUGCGAGGAGUGUUUGAAGUGGAGGAAGCUCCCCAAUAAGGUGGAUCCAACAUCACUACCGGAGAAAUGGUUCUGUUGCCUCAAUCCCCAUCCGAAAUACAGGAACUGUUCAGCCCCAGAGGAACAGGAGCCCAGCGAUGAGGAGAUAAGUCCCAGCUACGACCGGAAAGCUAGGAAACAAGAACAGAGUCCUGAGAAGAGAAAGAAGUCUUUAGAGAGUGAAAGACACCAGAAAUUUGCAACUUCACCAAAGUCCCCUCCUGUGCCAGGUAUGGCUCAAUCCAGUCAUGUCAAGGAAGAAGAGCAUGAUGGGAGGCCUGGCCCUCCCACUCCACCAACCCUGCUAGAAGAAAGCAAAGCUGCGCUUUCGAAGCCUGAUCCUUUGAAGCCGAUAAUUCUGCCAUUAAGCAGGCACGCGCUCAAACCGCUCCCAGGAGGACCGCUGGAGAAGCGGAGACGAUGCCACAAGCCAACGCCGGCAGCAUCUCCCCCAGACCCGGCCGGCCCCCACAAAAGAGAACGUCCGGUCGAUGUGGACAGAGAUGGGGAGCGUGGCCGGGAUGAGCCGGGCCAGGGAGGAAGUGUGCCACCCUGGAUCCUCCCAGAAUGCCCGGGGACAGCCCAGUGCCCCCGCCACCUCGGUGAGGUGCCCCCAGAAGAAUGUCAAGGGGCCCCGGAGAGUCCCUGGGCGGAGAGUGCAGUCAGCGAGCUCCCCGCGGAACCAGAAGACCUAAUGCCAAGCUUAAUAGCCGAGGACGCCGACAGACAUAGCGGAGGGUUUAGGGCUGUGGGCCCCAGCCCAGAGGAAACGAGCAAAGGACCUUUCGUGGCAGUAGUAGGGGUCUCAGAGGUCGUUGCUGAUGGACAGGUGCCCAUCCAGUUGAUUCCAUUCAGCCGAGAGGAGAGGUCCGACCGACGGAGGACAGUAGAAGGGGACCUGAACCAACUCCAUUCUGGAGAGCUGGAGGGAGGCCGGCCAGAGGAUGGAGACCUCAGGCUGUUUAGAACCAGGGAACACCAGAAGGCUGAGGGAGGGCAAGAGGAGCAGAGGCGAGCCCUGAAGCUGGAGGAGCCGGGGGGAGGUGUGGAGCUGAAGGAUCCAGAGGGAGCUGUGAAGCUGGAAGAGCCGGGGAGAGCUGCAGACCUGAAAGAGCAGGGGAGAGCUGUGGACCUGAAGGAGCCAGUGGGAGCUGUAAAGUUGGAAGGGCCGGGGAGAGCUGCAGAGCUGGAGGAUCAGGGGAGAGCUGUGGACCUGAAGGAGCUAGAGGGAGCUGUGAAGCUGGAAGAGCCGGGAAGAGCCGUGAAGGUAGAAGAGCCGGCGGGAGUUGCAGAGCUGGAAGAGCUGGGAAGAGCUGCAGAACAACUGAAAAAAGUCUUGGCAGAAAGGGAUUUUCUCCAACGGAAGGUGGAAGAGCUGGAGCAGGAGAGAGGCUGUUUGCAGGCUGAGCGGGAGAAGACCCGACACGAGCUGGUGACCUUGCGGACCCGCGAGACAGAAGGCUUGUACUGGAGCAAGAAACACAUGGGCUACCGUCAGGCGGAGCUCCAGGUGCUGAAGGCCGAGCUGGAGCGGACCCUGGAGGAGAAGACGGAGCUGAAGGAGAGGCUGAAGGAGAGCCAGAUGCACCUGGAGGUGCUGCGAGCUGCUGCCGUCUCCCACAGGAGCCCGGAAAGAGGAGACGCAAAGAGUGCCGUGGAGAAGCUCAAGCAUCUGCGGGCGAAUGUCAGCCGGCUCCUCUCCUCCGUCCUCCCGCACCUGGAGCUCCACGAGAUCGACUUCGACUCCGAUCAGGUGGACGAGAUCCUGCAGACGGUGUUAGAGACCAACCACAUCCUGGAUUGACUCCAUCCCUUUCCCCCGGACUCCUGGCCCAUUGUACAGAAUGUUUUAUUAAACCCCCAGCCCACUUCUCA